AAAGUGGUGGACAAUAGUAAUCUGGAGUUUCUGUUCAAACUUGUUCGGUUUAGGAAGGAGCUGAUACAGCAGAUUAAUACAUAUGUAUUGGCAAAUGCUGUUAUGCUGGGUAACCACAAAUUUGUUAAAUUUGUAGCCAACAGGCUCUACUGCUGGAAUAAAUACGAUCGAACAAGACUUCUGAACUGUGCUGUCAAGGAAAAUGAUAAAGAAAUGGUGAGGCUGUUGAUAGAUGCUGGAUGUAUGGUCAAUUCAGCAGAUGCAUACGGAAUUACUCCUCAGAUGCAUACGGAAUUACUCUCCUUCAGUUGGUAAACCAGAUAUGGUGAAAUUUCUUAUUAAACACAAAGCUGAUCCUAACAUGGAAUCUAUGGGAAACUGUACUGCACUGCUGGAUGCCUGGAAUUUGCUGAGUGACAACAUUUUUGAUCAGCUAGGCGGCGAAUACUAUCGAACAUAUCCAUUGAUUUUGGCGACAAUGCAUUCUUUUAGAAAAAUCGCCGAGUAUCUAUUGAAAGAAGGAGCUCUGGCGGAUAUACGUGACCAGAGCGGAUUCACUGCCCUAGUUGUUGCAAUGUCCCACGGAGAUGUGGAAUUGGUCGAUGCUCUGAUUUCUCACGGUGCCAGCGUUGACUACGUUCGUAGUUUCUCGCAUUCUCUCUUCAAGGGUGGUUCUGCAUUACAUUAUUCGGCCAUUUAUGGACACUUGAAAAUGGCUGAACGAAUGAUAGAAGAAUACCGUUUCGAUUACGACGUUAAAGAUUCCGACGGGAAUACUGCUCUUCAUUUAGCAGUCAUCAACAAUCAAGCUAAUUUUGUUAGGUACUUCCUGGAAAAUGAUAAUCUCUGGAACGAACCAAAUAACAGAGGACAUACGUCUCUAAUAUUGGUGUUGAGACAGCUCAACCCAGUGAUUUUAAAUUUAGUCAAAUAUAAACCAGCAUUUGGAAAAGCUGUACGAUUGUUUCGAGGGUCGGAAAACAGAACCCUCCUCCAUGUGGCUGUUUUGAAAGGAGCAAUCGAUGUCCUGCAGAUGCUUUUGAGAGAAUUUGACAUUGACUCCAACUGGAUGGACCAAUUUGGGAAUACUGCGGUUUACUAUGCAGUUCUUAAGAAAAAUCAUGAAGUUGUACAACUUUUGAUGGAUGCUGGGUGUUCACUCACAGGCCCUACCGGCGUUUCCUCAAUGCCCCCUUUUGUUGUAGCCGUAUUGACGAACCAGCUUGAUAUGGUACAGAUGUACAUUGAUAAAGAAAGUGACGCAAUCUAUCAUUUGAGGCAGCACAAAAGCGAUGGGAAGAACUUGUUGAUUUCGUCGAUUAUUCAGAAUAAUUUCACAAUGGUCAAACUACUGUUAAAGCAUGUGGAUUUUGAUUUGGAUAGUCCUUACGAAAACGGAUACACAGCUAUUCACGUGGCAGCUACAAAACAUUCGGUUCGAAUGGUAGAUCUGCUCUUACAACGUGGUUCCAGUAUCGAUCAAAUCAAUGGCGAUGGUAAGACUGCAUUAAUGAUGGCGAUUGAACAUGGGAACUAUCGUGUGGCUCAUUUUCUCCUUAGCAAAGGCUCAUCCAAGCAGAUAGCAGUAGACUUCAGUUACAGAGAAACAGACGGAAUGAAUCUUCUUCACUUCGUGGCCUCAACAGGAAAGUUGAAUUCUUUAAAGUUUCUGUUGGAUAGAGAGUUUUUUGCCAGGACCGUUACUGACAAAAAAGGAAAAACAAUUGGUCACUACGCAGCCUCCUUAAAGCAACACGCUAUAAUUGAGUUUCUCAUAGCAUCUGGAUUCCCACUCGAUCAAUUGGAUAACGAAGGAAGAUCAUCAUUACUAUGUGCUCUGCAAAAUGAAGAUCUUCGGUUAGCGAAACGACUUAAAGCAGUUGGAUCAUCGUUGGACGUUGUUCAAGAAUACAUUGAUAAGCAUGAUUUCCUGAUGCGAGUAAUAAACGGUAAAAAUAUUAAUUUAAUAAAAUUUCUAACUGAAGAAUGUUGCGUAAAGGUGGGUUCAGUCGUUGAAAAUGUAUUAAUAGAACUGAUCAAAACCACUGAACACAGAUCACUACCACUAGAUGAAAGUGAUCAACUAAAGCAAACUUCAAGUUUACCUAAAUCAGUUCCCCCGCCUAUUAUACAACACAUUCUGGACGGCAACAUUCCACUUGUUCUAGAACUCCUCACUGACGAAUCGGCUGCAGAAGCAGUGCGAACAUAUCGUAUGGCUACCAGAGAUCAGGAAACACUACUUCACGUUGCUGCUCGAAUGGGUUACUCUUCGAUUCUAAGAUUACUGCUUGAAAAGGCCAUUUUCAAUAUCGAUGUCGGUGAUGUUGAUCAGACGACAGCUCUACAAGAAGCAGCUACGAGAGGACAAAAGUCGUGCGCAGAACUCUUACUACAACAUGGUGCGAACAUCAACUUUGUCGAUUUGCAAAAUACUACUGCGCUUACGAGAGCCUGCUUGAAUUCACAGAAAGAUGUCGCAAAAUUGCUCCUUGAUCAAGGUGCCAAUCUGGACAACACUAAAGCAUUUCGAAUCGAAACUAGAAACGGAGCAACUGCCCUACAUAUUGCAGUUCUAGGUGAUCUGAGUUUGAUAGAACUUUUGAUCAGAAAAGUUGGGUUGGAUGUUAAUAUUACAGAUGCUGGUGGACAAACUGCCUUACACUUUGCUUCUUCAUUAGGGUCAAUUCAAGCAGUUGAAGAAUUGUUAAAGUUAGGGGCAUGUGCUGAUGUAAUUGACAAUGAUAGGAAAACACCAUUUGUGGUAGCACUAGUUUCAGAUCACGAAGAAGUGGCAGAAAGGCUUCUUGCGGAAACACAAGAUGAAGAAUAUCUUCGUAGCUUCCGAAUUACUGAAUCGCUGAAGUCGGUUUUACACCUUGCUUCGGAAAAAGGAUUUGUCCGAUUGAUCUUACAGUUAUUGAACAAUCGCGGAUUAAAUGCUAGGUACACUGAUAACGAAGGGGAAGAAAUUCUCAGCAAUGAAGUUAGCAAUGAACCUUCGGUACAACAAGUGAAAUCCGAUCUAAAUAUGCUAUUCUUGGAGGAUAACGCAGGAGAAACGCCUCUAUCAAUAUGCUUGAAUCAGUCCAAUGCUGACAUUUUUGCAGCCAUAAUUCAAUCAUCUAUCAGUUCUGGUACAGUAGAACACGUGAUAAACAAAAUUAAAAAGGCUAAAAAACAGGCCUAUUCCAAAUUUGUUGAAUUUUUUAACAAAUGGCUGCUCGACUACGAAAACAAUUACAUUAAAAAUCAUCAAUUUUUCACCUCAAUGAUCAGCUGGGUCUACGAAACGGAUCCACUUGUGUACGCCAUACACGGAGAUCACAAAGAUCUUCUAAACUGGUUCCUCGCGUCCAAAAUAGAUAGAUCCGUGUUACAAGACCUCAAUCCUGCCACCUGGUUGCACGUGGCAGCAGUGAAAAACUUACAGAUACUUGCAAAAGUGAUGCUGGAUGACUUCAAAAUAGAUGUUGAUCAUGUAGACAACCACGGUAUGACCCCUUUGUGCUAUGCCGUAACCACACCGCAUACAGAAACAGCUAGAUUCCUCUUGGAUCGGGGAGCAAACGUGAACUUCCAGGAUCCUGCAAAACGAACUCCUCUUCAAACCGCUUUGGAAUUGAACAAUAAGGAGAUGGUUUUGCUGCUGCUGGAGCGCCACGCAAGCAUUCCAUUGUUACAGGAAUUCCGCUAUCGGAACGAUAAUGAGCACUUGGUUCAGCACUACAUCGUGGAACGAGGAUUGAAAGAAAUGCUCUCGUUGAUUCUCCCCAAAAUCGACGUCAGCCAUGGUGACAAGUUCGGAAUGACUCCAUUGCACUAUGCUGCGGGGUGUAAUCAGCUGGAAAUGAUAGGCUUACUGGUACGUGCCGGUGCCGAGGUGGAUUGUUUCGAUGUCCACAGAACAACUCCGCUGAUGAGAGCUUUGUCCAAAAAUCACUUGGAAGCAUAUCAUAUGUUGGUUGGGUUAGGAGCAAACGUGGAUCUGGUGAGACAGUUUCGUAAUGAUAACUUCGAUGGGGAAACUGUUUUGCAUAUAACGGCCGAGAAAAAUCGAUUGGCUGCAACUGAACUGUUAGUGGAGGAUUUGGAAUGUGAUAUAAAUUGCGUUGAUAAUGAUGGAAACACCCCUUUGCAUUGCGCCGUUCAGAAAGGAAGUUUCGACGUGGUAAAAUAUUUGCUUGGGAAAAGAGCUAAUAUUCAUGUGAAGAAUAAAGGAGAUAAGACAGUUUUACAGUUAUUAGAAGAGGUGAACUUCAAUGUAAAUGCCUAUCCAAUUAAGGAGUGCGAAUAAAACAAACUGUAAAUUGUUAGAAUAGUUAGACAACCGAUGAUACAGGGCAGGGGUUCUCAAACUUUUUCAGCUUGCGACCCACUUUUAAUUUUUAUGGAAUUCGGCGACCCACCAGCACAUAUUCCCAUAAAAUACG